AUGAGCCCAUGCACUUUUGUGCAGGACGAGUGCGCUCUAGACAGCCCGGAUUUCCUCCGAGUCGCAGGCUGUGUCUGCCUUGCAGUCCCCGUUCCAGACCACGUCUCGGUUGGAGGACUCGGGGACAGUUUUUAUGAAUAUUUGAUCAAAUCCUGGUUGAUGUCGGGCAAGACAGAUAUGGAGGCUAAAAAUAUGUACUACGAAGCCUUGGAGACGGAGGCUGUGUCAGAUGCAAAACCCAAGCUCAGGUUGGUGAAGUCAUGUGUCCGAGGUCUCCUCGGAAGUGACCAUCAGUCUGAUUCAGAAACCGCCACCUGCUCGGUGUCUGUGCUUCGGCUGAUGUCCUGCCAAGGCGAGGUGAUUUAUAGCACCCGCCGGAUGAGCCCAUGCACUUUUGUGCAGGACGAGUGCGCUCUAGACAGCCCGGAUUUCCUCCGAGUCGCAGGCUGUGUCUGCCUUGCAGUCCCCGUUCCAGACCACGUCUCGGUUGGAGGACUCGGGGACAGUUUUUAUGAAUAUUUGAUCAAAUCCUGGUUGAUGUCGGGCAAGACAGAUAUGGAGGCUAAAAAUAUGUACUACGAAGCCUUGGAGGCGAUAGAGACCUACUUGCUGAAUGUCUCUCCCGGGGGGCUGACCUACAUCGCCGAGUGGCGAGGGGGGAUUCUGGACCACAAGAUGGGGCACCUGGCCUGUUUCUCCGGGGGCAUGAUCGCCCUUGGCGCCGAGGAUGCCAAGGAAGAAAAGAGGGCCCACUACCGAGAGCUCGCAGCCCAGAUCACCAAGACGUGCCACGAGUCAUACGCCCGCUCAGACACCAAACUCGGGCCCGAGGCCUUCUGGUUUAACUCCGGCAGAGAGGCCAUAGCCACGCAGCUGAGCGAGAGCUACUACAUCCUCCGGCCAGAGGUGGUGGAGAGCUACAUGUACCUGUGGCGACAGACCCACAACCCCAUCUACAGGGAGUGGGGCUGGGAGGUGGUGCUGGCCUUGGAGAAAUACUGUCGGACAGAAGCCGGUUUCUCCGGGAUCCAAGACGUGUACAGUAGCACCCCCAGCCACGACAACAAGCAGCAGAGCUUCUUUCUCGCGGAGACACUAAAGUAUCUCUAUCUUCUGUUCUCUGAAGAUGACUUGCUCUCCCUGGAAGACUGGGUGUUCAACACCGAGGCCCACCCGCUCCCGGUGAACCACUCAGACAGCUCUGGCAGGGCCUGGGGCAGACACUGACCUCAUCCCCCGCCGCCGCCCUGGGGCCAGCGCAGGGAUGCCUUGCCUUUUCAGGAUUUGGGACUGUUUUCAAAGGGACUGGGAACGAAGGCCCCAUCUCGGGCAGACCCCCAGCAGAUGUGUCAGACAAGCAACUUCUUUUCCUCUGUGAGGAGACAAGACUUGGAGACGCAGCAAUGUAAGGCCAGGGCCAUGGCCACACUGGCCCACACAUUCCUUUCUACAAAGAAUUUCUAUGAAGCCCUCUCACUUGCCAUUCCAGGGCCAAAGGACCGGAGGUUUGCAAUCUGCCCCAUGUAUUUGAUUUGCUUCCUUUUGGUUUCUCGGUUUUUGUUUUUGCUUGAUUUUGUCUUUUCUCUAUGGUUUAGUUUUAUCACAAUUAUACAUACAGUUUUCAGAAUUACGCGCUUUCUAAAAUGAUGUCAUCCUGAUAAACAAAACCCAGUGUUUGCACACAUACAAAAUCUUGACCCCAUUAUCUAUAUUUUAAAUGCUUUUUGCCCAACACUGACCCUGCAUUCAACUAUGUGUCAUUUACCUUAUAAUUUGAGGAGGGGUUUCCCUUUGAUUGGGCCUCAGUGUUACAAAUCACUAGUGCUCUUUUCAUUAUUAUUGUAAUGGAAAAGUCUGUGAACUAGAAUAAAAGAGUUUAUUGAAUAAGAAA